UUAAUGGGAGGCAAGCACUUCACAAUUCCAUGUACAUUAUCAAAGAAUAGAUAUAGUAUUAACCUCUCUGCCCUUAUUGACUCUAGAGCUAAUAGCUUUGUGUUUAUGGAUACUACUUACGCGAAUAACAUUACUACUUUCUUAAACCUCAAACCUCAACCUCUUAUACAACCUAUUAUUCCCAAGGGAUUUAAUAAACAACCCGGGAAGCUAGUUACCCAUUUUAUUACCCUUUAUCUAUCUUUAGAUAGCCAAAGACAAGAGAACAUCCCGUUCCUAAUUCUAGACUUAAGCAACCAUAAUAUAAUCCUUGGUUUGAAAUGGAUAUUAUACUUUAAUAUAUAG